UAUGGUACUAGUUAACUGGAAAGAAGCCAGCAGCAUUAGUGGUGUUCUGUGGUUUGCUGUCUACUGUACUGUGAGUGGAAAGGGGCGUGCCCAGAGAGACUCCAUGAGCGCCGCAGGGGAAGAAGACGAUGCAGCCGCCCAUGGCAACCGAGCAACGACGACAAGUCCUCGGUCUCGAAGUCCUGUCAUGGGCGUGGCUGGUCUCAUGAGGGACCAAAAUAAGCAGCAGCAGCAGCAACAGCAAUCCACGGGUGCUCCCGAAGGAGGGCGCAGAGGUUCGAGCCCCGCCGGUCCUGGGACGGGGAUUUUAAGGCUCGAUCCUGCCAAGCCUCGGAGAUCCUCGGCAGCUUCGGUGGAGUUCAGGACUGACAAGGAUGACCCGUCUUCGCCUUGCCCAAGUGACCGUUUGAGCGUGACCUGGGCAGAUGGGGACAGGUCAGUGUCAAGCGACGUGGCUUCGAUGAUGCCCAAGACCUCCGUGUCACCUGACCGUCACUCGGUCAAUACCCUCGUCCCAGUUUGUGGCAGCCUUCUUGAGGAGCCGCCUGAAGAUGAAUUUAGCGUCAGCGUCUCGGCCAUCCUCCAAAGGUCCAACUCCAAGUUUUCGAGGAGGAGCACCAAGAAGAGGAAAAAGAUGAGGAGCACUUCCAUCGCGACGAAUAGCUCAGGAGAGACAGUAGUAGACUUGGAAGGUUCAGCAGCUGAAGAUGUCGAGGCAACACUGAAAAUCCACAAAGAAGUUCUUGCCGGAGUUAGUCAGCAGUGCUGGCCUAUAGAGAGGAAACUGCGACUCGUCCAGACCUCACGUGAAUACAUCAAGAAACACGAGGGCGAAAUGGAAGAGAGACUGGCCCAGUCGUCUAGCACCAAGGACGUGCUUCUCAGACACUUCAUUAGAUUCAGAAGGUUCGUACGUACCAGCAUCCAGACAGUGUACCAGUGGAUCACUGGGUUAGAGCUCUGGCAGAAACGGAUCAAGACGAUAGAAUCGCAUUUCGGAUCAGCUGUUGCCUCCUAUUUCACCUUCCUCCGUUGGGUGCUCGGGCUGAAUGUUGUUCUGGUGGCCGUGUUGGCAGCGUUCGUCAUCAUCCCUGAGUUUCUAGCAGCAGAUCGCUCCAAGGCGGGAGGGAGGAAGACCUUGCUGCCGACAGACGUCCUCACUGCCUACGACUUCAAGGUCAUGUGGGAUUUCGAGGGAAUUAUGAGGUACUCGCCCAUCUUCUACGGCUACUACAGCAAAACGCCGAAGACCAGGGAAGGAUAUCGCCUGCCUCUUGCGUACUUCUUGGCCACGCUGGGUGCCUACGCUUAUAGCUUUGUUGCCAUACUGAGGAAGAUGGCAGCUAAUUCCCGUAUGUCGAAGCUGUCAGAAGACGAGGAAUUCACCUUCGCUUGGCGGCUGUUGGCAGGCUGGGAUUUCACCAUUGGCAACCUGGAGGCAGCUCAGAACAAAGUGGCUGCCAUUAACACAGGUCUCAGAGAAGCGUUACUCGAAGCUAAGGAAUCGGAGAGAGAAGAAGAGAGCUGGAAGAUCCGAGCGCGCCGACUCCUCGCCCACCUGAUCGUCGCCGCUCUCAUCGUCGCCAGCGCCUACGCCGUGGUGCUCCUCGUGAAGAGAUCUGAGGACGUCGGCGUAACGUCCUCUUGGUACCGCCAGAACGAGCUGACCAUCAUCCUGACUCUCAUCUCCUUCGUGUAUCCGAAUCUCUUCGAUCUGGUUGGUCUGUUAGAACUUCGACACCCGAAGAACCAGCUUCAGUGGCAACUGGGUCGAAUCAUGGCUUUGAACUUACUGAAUCUUUAUACUCUUAUCUUUGCUCUCUUCAAUAAAGUCUACGUUAUGACGGCUGAACUUCGGGAAUGGAAAGAUAACAUAACUCAGAGAUUUGAAGAUCAGACCACGCCCGCAAUGGACCCGAAUUAUUUCAACACGCUCUCUUUGGCCGACGAAAAUGGUUACUCCUCGACGCCAGAUCCUUACGAUAUAUCCUAUUCAGAGUUUGGGAACGAAUCCUUCCCUUACGAAGCGAAUGCCACACUUCAGGAUCUCUUAAACUCAACCUCAUUUGCGUCUCCUGAUGCGACAGCCAUCGUUGGGUCAACCAUGACCAGUUCUCCGUUGGAUGUUGUCUCAGCCGUUAGUUUGACGCUGAUUUUCGUCACAAAUAUCACUGGGAUGCCACAAUCGGGGACUGAAAGUUCGACGAGGAGUGCCUGCAGAAGAGUCGUGGUGCCAUGUGGAGCAACGCCGACACAAGAAAUAAUUGAGUCUCCGACGCGAGAGGAUUUGCUAACCAAUACAUCUGCGUAUGAUCUCAGCAAUUUCACUUUAGAUUACGGUGAAGUUACUUCUUCCCUGACCACAGAGGAAGGAGUAUACCUCGCUGCCAACGAGUCAGCGCCACCGUAUAACGAGACUACGACGUUAUUCGACGGAUAUCCGACUCUUUCUGGUGAAAGUGCGACUUCCGUUGACGAUUACGAAUACGAGACGCUUCCGCCAGAGAGGAAUUCGUCAGCAAAUGGAUCUUCGCCUCUCGAUGAGGAAAUGCUGGUCAACAAAUCUCAGAAUCAACAUGGAGAUGUAGCGAGUAACAUCACUGAAGUGAUGACGAGCAACCGAGAGACAGUGGUGAUGACGAGCGAUGACACUCGGCCUUCGACGGAGCAGACAAGGGCAUGGACCUCUGCUCCCGCUAGAAGCGCCGACGACAAAAACCUUCGAGAUCUGGUGAAAGUGAUGCCGGGCGUCCCAGGCCUUUUUGUAACUGCUCUGGAAGACGAGAAUUUCGACCUGAACGGGAACUACGGAGACGAAAACGCAGGGAACACAGAAUCUGACUUUGCCGAAGGUAGCCACUCGGGUAACCGGAUAAAGAAACGGGGUGCCGCCGGAAAAAAGUUCGAAGGAAAUGUCAUAAACAAACAUUCGCGCAGGAGACGAUCUGCGAGUUCCGUCGAUUACAGGGACCUGGGAAGUGAAGUCUCCUUUCUACCAGGCUUAUCUACUCUCUCAGACGACAAGCCUGAAGGAAACGAGAGCCUACCCUUCAAUCUGACGAAUGCCCAAGAAAACGUCACAGCACUAUCCUUCAGUGACCUGUCAAAUUACGUCGAUAACAACGUUGAUAACGAGACUUCUUAUAACGAAACGAACGGUGGUACUUCGACAACCGUUAGCGGUUUCAUUUCAAUGACGACGGACAGGGGGCCUUUCUGGGACGAGUUGAUCAAUAACGUUUCCAAAGCACUCCCUGCUGAGGAUGGUAGUACCACCACCUCUGGGUAUGGCGACAACGCUACUCAGAGUCUCUCAGAUAUACCCACAGAUCCUCCUCAGCUAUCAAACGACACAGCGGAAACGCCACCAGACGCAGAAGAUAACGUUUUCGUAGAUAACGUUAUGGUAGACGAGGAAACUGGCGAGUGUUACGUCAUAAACUGCACAGCUUAUUCAGAUGGGACUACCACGAGAGAUUUUUCAUCUUCUUCUGCCAUCCAAUCUGCGACCAGUGAAACCACUCCCUCCCCAACAACUUCGUCAGUAGCCAUGACAACCAUUCCAAAUACGUCGCCAGUCCUCCCUGACAGCUCUAGGAUGACCAGCACCACAGAACUUACUUCUGAAGGCACCAGCACACCGACAGGUUGGGCCUCCACUACUCCAGAGGUGGCUUCAACUACUACUUCUGGUAAAGAGACAUCUCCUUUCUUGGUUCAGCCGAUGAAGAAUAAUCCGGAAAAGUGGACGGAUUCUUUGCCUCCCAAAGAUCAGAAAAGGCUACGCGAGCUCUGCUGGGAGACCAUGUUUGGGCAGGAGAUUAUCAAGCUGACUGUCAUGGACAUGUUGUUAACAGUCGCAAUGAUAGUGAUAGGAGAUUACAUCCGAGCUGUUGUGGUCAGAUUCUGCAACGGAUGCUGCCGGUGGGACCUGGAGAAACAGUUUCCUGGGUAUCCUGACUUUAAGAUCGCGGAGAACAUCCUCCACCUCGUCAACAAUCAAGGGAUGAUUUGGAUGGGAAUGUUUUUCUCUCCAGGACUCCCCGUGGCCAACAUCCUAAAGUUGCUCUUGCUUCUGUACGUCAGAUCCUGGGCUGUGGUCACGUCCAACGUCCCACCAGAGGUCGUCUUCAAAGCUUCGAAUAACAACAACUUCUAUCUGUUGUUUCUACUGGCGAUGCUUUUCUUGUGCACCUUGCCUGUUGGGUACGCAGUGGUAUGGCUUGAACCUUCUUGGCACUGUGGUCCCUUCAGUGACUACCCAAAAAUAUACCAGCUGGCCACUUCUACAUUGAUUGGAGGCUUACCAAGCUCCCUGUACCCAGUCAUAGACUAUGUGUCCUCUCCUGGUGUAGUCAUCCCAGGAGGCUUGCUUCUCGUCCUCAUCAUUUACUACUUGCUUUCGCUGACUGCUGCGCUCAGGGAGGCCAACAGCGACCUAAGGGAUCAACUUCAUCAGGAGAGGUCAGCUGACAAGAAGAAGAACUUGGAAGCUAAGUCGGGCAAGGGCAGAGCAGAAACGCCAACAACAAGGUGGGGUCGAAUAUUGCCUCUUACUCCACUGCCCAGGCAUCGUUUGGAUGGGGUCAGCGAGGCAGAAAAACCAUCAAACCUAAAGUCACCUCCAGUGACCUCUCCUGACCCAAUUCUUCCGCGCACUUCUCCUUCCCACGAACCACAGAAAGGAAAAGACGAUGGACCUUGGCCGGACGAUAUCACAGACCUUGGUCACUCGGAGGUGUUUGAUGAUUCGCUUUCGGAACCCCGUAAGACAGGCAAGGACACACCAGUCAAGGAGAAGGGUGAAAAGGCUCCCGACUCAAGUGCCGCUCGGUCAGACCAGAAGCGACACCACAGGGAAAGAAGAACCAGAGGAGGAGGAGGAGGAGUAGGAGAAGAAGAUGGUGAAUAUGACCACGCUCACCGAAGUAGCAGACAUAAUAAGAACAGGCACAACUCCUACGGGUCGCGAGAGGAGGAUGACAUCAGCUUGCCGCGCGCCUCAAGAAUCAAGCACAGGCAGAAGCCCCACAGGACCUCACAGGAAAGAAGGCAGUCUGACGAGAGCAGCCAUCGAGAUUCCCCUACCAGGGGCAAACAUAUCCGCAGGUCGAGUAUAGUAGAUUCCCCUACGCUGAAACGCAAAAAGUCCGGGAGCCUCCACUCGAAAAUCAAAGAGAAGAUGCCCCAGGAGUGCGUCCAAGAGCUGAAUCAAGUUCUGCAGCAGAAGGACGCCAAGCAGGGCAAACUGCCAAAGCUCUUGAUCAAGGCAGACUCCCAGAAACCUGCAGAAGCCCAGAAUUCAAAGUCAUCUCAAGGGCGUCAUCGGAGAGAACCCUCUAUCAUGAAAAUGGACGACAUAAAGAAUUCUCACGGGAAGAAUGGUCAGGGUAAAGUCGCCACUUCCCAGUCAAGUCAACCAGGUCACCAUCGCAGCAGUUCUGACGAGUCUGGGGGCAUGCAGACCAUACCUGUCAUAAAGAUUAGCAAAGAAGACAGCGUGGAGAGGUCACUGCAACAGGCCAGGUUGGAGAGACAAGCCAAAGCCAUUGAGGAAGACCUCGACACUGGCAGUGAACAGCAGUCCAUGAGCACCACUGGCACAACACCUUCCCCAAAACAAGUAAAAGACGAUGCCUCAGCUAGUGGUGGGGGUCGAGACAGCACGGCAUCUCAGGUCAAGUCCCCUCCUCCUUUAGAGACUGACCUCGAUGAGCCGUUCAGCCAGAGCCUGGAUGACCCCACGGUAACGUCAGACAAGACGCAGCUACUGGGGAAGGAUGCGAAGGAGCCUGUAGCAGUACUAGCUAAGGAGGAAGAAGUCGAGGAUUCUGGGAGCCCCACGUCGAAUGAAGAGAGCACUUUGCUUGAUAAUAACUGAUUUUGAUUCUAAAUUUCAUUGAAUAGAUUUGCUAUUAUUCGUACAAUGCACUUAAACUGACACUCAACUGAUCCUUUCUAACUGCACACCAACGAAGGAAUAACAGAAACAUUAAUCAGUUCGUCUAGUGCCAUGUUUUAGGCCAAUGUUUUUUGUUUCAUCUUCAUUAAAGUAGUGUCUAGGAUUUUCAAGAAUUAUUUUAAAUUAAAAAAAAAACUAGAUUUAAUGUAUAUUCUUAUUCAGAAGGAUAAAUGCAAGUAAUUUAUACAAUAAUACCUUUACUUCACUGAAUAGGCCUAUGUAGAAUUAGCUGCAUUGUAAUUAAUGUAUAUCUUUAUUAAAAUCUGUCAUGGGUCCAUCUCUGAAACACUCCUAUAUGUAUCCAACUUAAAGGAUAUAUUAUAACUUUGAUAUCAAAAAUGUAUUUUCAAGAUUUUCUAGAUUUUAUAUGGCACUUGUACUGUACAUCACAUCCAUGUCAAAACAUGGAGAAUUGUUUGUAAAACCACAGUUUACUUUUUUGUUUUUAGUACCUUUACCAGAAAUGAUAUUAUUAAUCGUACGCCCAAAUUAGCAAUAAAAGGUGAUCGUGAUGAA